UAUUAAAAAGACAGUUCGAUAACUUAAAUUUAUCGAACAAGUCAAUCGAACGGUUGCUUCAGAAUCUGGUACCUAUACAAAAAAUAAUAGGGAAAUCAGAGACAAGAGUAAAAAGGGCAAGUAAAUACUGCAUCGCGGCUGGGUGUUUUAACAACGAUAAGAAUUCCGAUUGUACGUUCUUCGCAGUGCCGUCGGGACAGUCGGAGGAAGAGGUCGAAAGGUGCAAAAAAUGGUUAACACUACUCGGCAGAGAGGACAUGUUAGAAAAAGACAAUUUGAGAAUCCGUUCCUACUGUGUCUGCUGUGCACAUUUCGACGACUCGCAAGUUAAAAUGCUCAAAACUCUCAAAAGGGGCGCCAUCCCGACCUUGUUACUAGCUAAUCACAUACAAGAAGGUUCAACAGCACCCACAGAGCGGUCAUCUUCAACACAAACCAUAUCUUCAGAGGACAAAGAUGCAGAAAUGGUAUCGUUACAAAACACAGCAUGUACCGUUUCAAAUAUAGACAUAGUUGAGACUAAAACAUUAUCGGCCGAAGACACAUUGAAAAAUUCGUCAGAAAACACAACAAGUGCUGUUUCAAAUGUAAUAAUUAUAAAGAGUGAAACUCAAUCGACUGAAGAAGCAUUGGAAAAGUCGACGCAGACUCCUAAAGGGUUAAAAAAAAGAAAACAUACGGAUGAACCUAAGAAGAAAUGCAAGGGACAAAACGAGAUGAAAAUAAAUAGAACUUAAUUACUUGAAUUGUUUUUAUUUCCUAUUUACAUAAUCCAUCCACAUUGAUUGACACAAUACAUUAAAGCCGUCUUAUUUAAUUUUUGAGAAGACUGGCUUAUACCUAAUUUGGUUUCUUUACCUAACAGAAUUUUAGGCAGGUAAACCUAGUAAAAGCUAUAAGAACCGGUAAUAUUUUGCAAUAUUAAUUAUUAUUAUAUCGGAAACAUUAAAUGGCUCCUGGCCCUGUAGCUGCUAGUAGGUGUGCAACGAGGGGGGGCGGGUUUAGGCUUUAGGGUCGGCAACGCGCAUGUAACUCCUCUGGAGUUGCAGGCGUACAUAGACUGCGGAGACUGUUUACCAUCAGGCGGGCCAUAUGCUUGUUUGCCACCGAAGUAGUAUAAAAAAAAUAUAUAUAUUAAUAUAAUAGGUCAUACAGAUCACGAAAAAAUUGGCUGUUUAAUACAUUUUGGCUGGCCAUGUCAGGUGUAGGUGUUUUCCGUGGGAGAAAGAAGAUAGGUACUAUAUUCUCAUAUCGCAAAAUAUUACCGGUAAGUAAUUGAAACUACGGAACCCUAAAAACAGCCUGUACAACAAUUAUAUAUUUACUACCUAAUGUU